ACCCUCCCGAUUUUCCACGACUCGACUAGUGGCUCCCUGUCGCUCGCUACGCAACCCAACCCAACGCUACCCCGACGGGCCAAACCAGAGAACCAUCGAACCAACGGAAACUCUCUUCACCACUUCACCUCGCUCUUCCAACUUUGUCUCUCUCAACCCACGUGCUGAACAUCCUCCACCUCUUUUCAACCACACAACUUCUCACCUCUCAUAGCUGCCUGACCAACAGACACGUCUGCUUGCCACCUAGACACGCAGCCAAACCCUGCCAUCCAUCCAUCUACCUACAUACCGUCGCCGCAUACGCAGACACAGAGACAGAGCUCCAUCUGCGCCCAUCCAUCCCUCCUCCUACAUCACCCCAGUGACGUCGAAGCAUUCCACCUGUGCUCGCACGCAUACAAGCUCCAAGUAGCCUCGCGAGCCAAAACCAAGCUUCAACGCCGCCAAAUCCCACGAACAGCAACUGCACUCGCAACAGCUGCUGUUGUCGCAAAUCUCUCUAUCCUCCCUUUCCAUCAAACAAAUCCAACUAGCGCAGCUCGCUGCCAAGUUUCCGUCAAGAUGUCCGGCGAAGCGUGGUUAUACCUCUUCGCGGUGCUGAUAAACGCCGUCAACCUCUUCCUUCAAGUCUUCUUCACCAUCAUGUACAGCGAUCUGGAAUGCGACUACAUCAACCCCAUUGACCUCUGCAACCGCCUCAACACCUACAUCAUCCCCGAAGCUGCCGUCCAUGGAUUCCUGACCUUUAUGUUCCUGAUCAACGGAUACUGGGUACCUUUGAUCCUGAACCUGCCGCUCGUAGCCUACAAUGUCAAGAAGAUUGUCGACAACACCCACUUGUUGGAUGCUACCGAGAUCUUCCGCAAGCUGAAUGUCCACAAGAAGGAAUCAUUUGUGAAGCUCGGCUUCCACCUGAUCAUGUUCUUCUUCUACCUCUACAGCAUGAUCGUCGCCCUCAUCCGCGACGAGUCCUCUUAAACGGUGAACCCUACCCUGCGCACAAUACACAGGACGGAUUCCAGUAUAUAGAUACCAUGCCACGUGGACAAGAAAGAACCAAACGUACACGCCGAUGCGCUGUCAUCCUCUCAAACGAUGCACCAUUCGGAGCUACUAUCCAAGAGGGAUGGAGAGGUUUCGGGCGGGCAACCGCUGGACAUGGAGGGGAGCCAUGAUACCAGCAAUGCGGGGUGUCAAAAGGAGAAACGACAGCUGACAGAUAUGGUGUCCCGGAGUUACGGGCAGAGAUUGGUGUCUCUGUUUGGAUUCUGAUGAUGAUGAAUGGGAAAGAGAAAACGGAAUACGACACACAAACACAUGGUGGAGGAGGGCAUGAAGGAACGAAAUGGGCGGGAGACGGGUUACGAUGCGAAAGACCAAAUACCUAGCUGUUUACUUUAUGUUGCUACCAGGCCGGCUGGUCCUGGGAGCGGCGGGUUGCGAUAAUUGAGUAAUGACAGAUCUUCUGAAUGUCUCUAGACCAUUUCUUUGCACCUUGUUGACUUGCUGCCCCAAACUAAACUUUUCCACACGGCUGUUACCUGACGUUCAGACACCCUUGAGUGUGAGUUUGGUGUGUAU